AUGCCGGGGGGCCCCACGGCUCCGAGCUCCGCCAAUGGGCGCGGCCGGGCAAAAAGAGAAACAGAGCAGCCGGCUCGGCCGCAGGAUUCGAAUCGAACGUCCGCACGGGCGCCGGGCGCUGGCGGAGGGAUGUGCACUCCCAGCAACACACCUGCCACGCCACCCAACUUCCCCGACGCACUGGCCAUGUUCUCCAAGCUUCGUGCCUCCGAGGGCCUGCAGAGCAGCAACAGCCCCAUGACGGCCGUGGCCUGCUCCCCGCCUGCAAACUUCAGCCCCUUUUGGGCCUCAUCCCCUCCCAGCCACCAGGCGCCAUGGAUCCCACCCUCCUCCCCCACCACCUUCCACCGCCUGCACUGCCCACAGCCCACGUGGCCCCCCGGAGCACCGCAGGCGGGCGCCCAGCAGAAAGCCGUGGCGGCGCUGGAUGGCCAGAGAUGA